UAUUUAAUCCUUCCAUGGAAAAGGUGAGCUUCUCCGCGGCUCUCGCUGGUUUGUCUCGGUGCCAGGACGACCCCGGCGCCUCGGAGGCCAUGGAGGAUCUGCUGCUGCCAGGCGGGGAGGAGGAGACCUGCUCGGACCACAGCUCUUUCGCUCCAGGAGCCGCUGGGAGGACCAUGGGGGACCGGGUCAGGGCCUGCUGGAUGGACAGGAGGCGGGGGGGCUGGUGGAGGAGCGUGAGGGGUUUCUGCAGGAGCAACGGGCUGCUGACGCUGUCGGUCAUAGCCGUGAUCACCGGCUGCACCUUGGGCUUCAUGCUGAGAGGGACGCAGCUUUCCACUCAGGCCAAGAUCUACUUCUCUUUUCCUGGAGAGCUGCUGAUGAGGAUGCUGAAGAUGCUCAUCCUUCCUCUCAUCACGUCCAGCUUGAUGUCCGGUUUGUCAUCCAUGGAGUCCAAGGCGUGCUGCAGGAUGGGCGUCCUCACCGUCACCUACUACCUGUGGACCACCUUCAUCGCCGUGGUGGUGGGCAUCGUGCUCGUCCUCAUCAUCCAGCCAGGCUCAGGGACGGAGAUGGAGAGCAACCGUCUGGGCGGCGGGCCGGUCAUGACCUCGGCCGACGCCCUGCUCGACCUGAUCAGAAACAUGGUUCCCUCCAACCUGAUCGAAGCCACGUUCCAGCAGUACAAAACGGACCUGAUCCCCAUCCUCAGAGUCCCAACCAAAGCCAUCCAGCCUAACUUUGUCUAUGUGGUCCCCGACGACAGCGACCCUAAAGGGCGGACCGUCUACCUGGAGCUGACUCCGCCCCCUGACGUCAUUUACAAGACGAGUCCUGGCAGCAGCCAGCAGAUGAAUGUUCUUGGGAUUGUCAUCUUCUCUGCCACCAUGGGUCUGCUGCUGGGCAGGAUGGGAGAACGUGGAGCUCCGCUGGUCAACGUCUGCCAGUGCAUCAACGAGUGUGUGAUGAAGAUCAUCAACGCCGCCGUGUGGUACUUCCCCUUUGGGAUCAUCUUCUUGGUGGCGGGGAAGAUCCUGGACAUGCAGGACCCGAGCACGCUGGGGAAGAAGCUGGGCUGGUACGGCAUCACCGUCCUCACCGGCCUCUUCGUUCACGGCCUCAUCCUCCUCCCGCUCUUCUACUUUCUCCUCACCAAGAAGAAUCCCUUCAGCUACAUCCGGGGGCUGCUGCAGGCCUUGGUCAUCGCUCUGGCCACCUCCUCCAGCUCCGCCACGCUGCCCAUCACCAUGAAGUGUCUGCUGGAGAACUGCCACGUCGACCGGCAGAUCGCUCGCUUCGUCCUGCCUGUCGGCGCCACCAUCAACAUGGACGGCACCGCGCUGUACGAGGCUGUGGCGGCCAUCUUUAUCGCUCAAGUUAACGACUACGAGCUGGACUUCGGCCAACUGGUCACCAUCAGCAUCACGGCCACGGCCGCCAGCAUCGGAGCGGCUGGCAUCCCCCAGGCCGGCCUGGUCACCAUGGUCAUCGUGCUCACCUCUGUGGGGCUGCCGCCUGAUGACAUCACGCUAAUCGUGGCCAUUGAUUGGAUCCUGGACAGAUUUCGCACCAUGAUCAACGUCCUCGGCGACGCCCUGGCGGCGGGGAUCAUUGCACACCUGUGUCGGAAAGACUUCCCUCUGAGUGAAACAGGAAAGUCGGUGCCGUCGUAUGGGACACAGAACCCUCACAGCAACUCCUACAGCGUCAACGUUCCCAUGACGGAGAUCCACACCCACCCAGACUACAUCUUUGAGACAACGGGCGACUCCAUGGGGCCGAGGCAGGCGCACACCGUCUACUAUAACAUCUGUCAGGUGUGAAGGAGCGGGCCUCGGGUCGGACAUGGUUCCCUCACCGCAGGGACUUCCACAGGAGAAGAACCGGAGCUGGAUCCUCCUCUCUGCUCUCCUCCUGCUGAUCCUGCUGAUCCUGAGCUUCAGACGGGGAUGGACCGCUCGGCUUCAUCCAGCCGGUUGGGAACACAGCAGUCUUCCCACCGCGGGUUUGGGUCGGAGCAGAACCGCAGACAGGAUCCGUUCAUUCAAAUGGAUCUUCAACGAUGAUCAAAUCCUGCAGACUUCCCAAAGGUCCAGGUCCUCUGAAGAGGAACCCGGAUCUAUCAGGAAACAGGAGAUCCAGAACCAGAAUGGACCCGGGUUAGGGAUCUGAAUCCAAAGAUGAACAGUUUUUCCUUAGCUGAGUGGAAAACGGGUCCUCCACAGGGAAUCUCCAGGCUGUCAGCUCUGAUAGAGGCCAGGAUGUUCCUAUCGCUGGAUCCUGGAUGCUGACCCGGAUGUACGGGGAGAACUGUAAAGGUUCUAAAACCAGAACCUGAUGUGGUUUGUGGCGUCUGCAGCAGGGAUGAACAUCUGACCUCUCCACUGUGACCUGAUUGGCUAACGCUCGGUGCUCACCCCAGCUCAGGGGUUUAAGGUAAUGAAUAAAUCCAAGUGCUCUUCAUCCCGCCACUUCCUCUUCCUCCGCAUGCUGGCAUGCUCUCUGAUUGGCUUCAUUUGAAGCCGCUGUGCUUUAUUUGCUCCCGUUGUUGUUGUUGUAUGAUGUAAAGUUAGCAAAGCGCUGAAACUGGAAUAUUUCCCAGAAAUAAGUCUCUGAACAGAUCCGGUUCAUCUGGACUCUUCCUGUGGAACCAGAGAGUUUGUUCACCGUGUGCUUCAUGCAGUGAAUUAAAAUACAGAGUCUCCUGUAAGGAAACAUGGUUCCAAUGAAUAAUGAAUGAUUGAUUGAUUGAUUGAUUGAUUGAUUGAUUGAUUGAUUGAUUGAUUGAUUGAUUGAUUGAUAAUGUCUGGUGGUGCCGACCCAAUCUGGAGCUGGUUUUAGGUAAAACAAGAUGAAUAAAUCAGGAAAUGAUUGUAAGACGCAGCACAUGUGGAUGAAUCUGCUCCUGCUGCAUUCCGGUUCUAGCACUGAUGGACUGAGACCGGACCUGCUGGAAGGUUCUUCCUCUGUGAAGGAACCCGCUGAUGAUGGAGAUGAAGACCUGCCUUAAUGUGACUCUGUUGUGUUGACCUCAAUGUUCCUCUGCCAACUCACCACCAGCCCAGCGGUCUGUAGCCUCCACCUGUCAGCCCGGCCUGCAUCACCUCUAUGUUUUUAUAUCUGCGACACCUUUUUGUUUUUACGGGCAAAUAAAACGUCUGCUCCACGUUACUGAA